AUGAGCGUGCUUCUCGAAACCUCUCUUGGAGACAUUGUUAUUGACUUGUUGACCGAGUCUUCUCCGCGGGCAUGCGAGAACUUCUUGAAGCUAUGCAAAAUCAAGUACUACAAUUUUUCGCCUAUCCACAGCGUUCAGAAAGGAUUCUCGUUUCAAACAGGCGAUCCGCUAGGCCCUGACUCUCCAGAGAGCGAUGGCGGAAGUUCAAUAUGGGGUGUUAUCAAUGGGCCUUCACAGAAAAAUUUCCCGAUACGCUUUCCACCGAAAUUGAAGCAUUCUGAGCUUGGGACAGUGAGCAUGGCCACAGUCCCAGCGGCAAAAGAUCCAGAUGAGCGUCUCGCCGGAAGCCAGUUUAUCAUAACACUCGGUGAUAACCUGGACUACUUGAACGACAAGGCAGUGAUAUUUGGGAAGGUGGUCGAAGGAUUCGACGUCCUUGAAAAGGUUAACACUGCCUUUAUUGAUGAUAAGGGGCGGCCGCUAAAGGAUAUUCGUAUUCGACAUACUGUUGUUCUUGAUGACCCUUACGAUGACCCUCCUGGCUUCCAGGAACCGCCGGAAAGCCCUCUCCCGACCAAAGCUCAGUUAGCUACUGUCAUGAUUGCAGACGACGAAGAUCUAGAUCAGGAGGUUGACGAAGAGGCAUUGGAAAGGAUACGCCGAGAGCGUGAGGCCCAGGCACAAGCUUUGACGCUUGAAAUGGUUGGAGACCUUCCGUUUGCAGAAGUGAAGCCGCCCGAGAAUAUUCUGUUUGUUUGCAAGCUUAACCCAGUCACACAAGACGAAGAUUUAAAUCUGAUAUUUAGCCGAUUCGGCAAGAUCUUGUCCUGUGAAGUGAUACGAGAUAAAAAGACAGGCGACAGCUUACAGUACGCCUUCAUCGAAUUCGAAGACCAAAGGGACUGUGAACAAGCCUACUUUAAGAUGCAGGGUGUGUUGAUUGAUGAUCAUCGUAUUCACGUGGACUUUUCGCAGAGUGUAUCGAAGCUAUCAGACUCGUGGAGAACAUCAACGAAUGCCAAACGGUCUAGCCAAAGAGGUGGGUUUGGGGGCAUAUCUAACCUAGAGAAACGACGCCAGUACCGCGCAGCAGACACAGGGGAUCGUCGAAGCAAGACGACAUACGGGGCAAAGAACCUCCUCAUUCCUCAAUGUGUCGUCAAAGAGAUCAGUCCCGAAGCUGCAGCCGAAGCCGAAGCCCUACGGGUAAGCAUCGUGACAGAUCUCCCAGACGGCGUGAUGGGUAUGACAGAGGGCCACGGCAGGACAGGGAACGACGCAGGAGCCCUCGCCCAAGGCAUGAUGAGUGGGACUAUGGUCGUUCACAGAGACGGCGGUGAAGCUGCCCAAGUUAGCUGUACUAUUAACGCCGCAGACUGGGAUUAUGCCUAG